AUGAUCGGGAUCACCAGCAGCUUCGAGGCAGAGUUAUGGGGGCUGAGGGAUGGGCUUACUCUUUGCAGCAACUUAAAUUUUUCUACUCUUAUAGUUGAAUUAGAUGCUAAAGUGAUUGUUGAUAUUUUUCACAAUGCUAAUUAUGAGAAUAAUAUUGUAUCUCCCAUUUUGGACGAUUGUAGGCAGCUCAUUUCCAGGCUCGGUCAGGUCCAAAUUAAGCACAUUUAUCGCAAAGCAUAUCGCUGUGCAAACGCCCUUGCUAGGAUGGGUGUUGAGCAGGAUAUUAGCUUUUUAUCUCUUUCAUGUUCACCUUUGGACAUUAGAAAUAGUUUGGAUUUUGAUUUAUCUGGUUUGUAUUCGAUCAGGCAUUGUCCUAAGCUAAACCUUGUUCUCUACUUUUAA